AGACCCGCUGGUUCAGAGUUGAACAUCUUACUGAGAAAGCUGCUCUCCACUUCAAUUUCGAUUCCAAUCAUGGCUAUUGGCGCAAGAACUAAUCGCAAGUCCUUGAAUUCAGUAUUCGUCUUCUCUGCAAUUUGGGCAAUCAUUUCCCUUUCGAUCGCUCCUCAUGAAGCUCUGGCGAAGUCUCGCCGCCCAAUUUCAGACGCUGAGAUCAGAGAAAGGAAAAACCAGUGCUAUUCAGACAUUGAGAAUGGAUUGUGGGGUUGGGAAUGCAAAUCCUCGAUGAUAGCCAAGGAGAACUGCGCUUUGCGGUGUCUUUCACCUGCUUGUUAUGAGCUACUUUAUGAGGGCGACCCGUUGGAAGAAGGAGAGAAAGACAUUGUCAGAAGCCAGGAGUAUAAAUAUUGUAUGCACAAGUUAUCACUUGGGGAGAGUCUGGAUGGUGUCAAAGGCUCCUUCAACUAUUAGAUGAACAUAAUAAAAGCGGCAGUACUUCAACCUGAUUGUGUGCUGCCUGGAUGCCAGAGCUUUUGUUGGAAAACACCUUUCUUUUCUUUUUUCUUUUUUCAAUUUCUUGCACUCGUCUGAGUGAUGAUGCUCCAAGUUACUUUGUGACAUUUGAAGCAUCCUUUGGUUAAUUAAUUGACCCACUCUAGGGCUAGGGCUCAGGCAGAUGCUUGUAAAAAAUAACUGCGGGGUUGCUGCUUCAUUUAUCUCCCGGAUCAACCAUGGGAUUAAUGUUAAAUUGUGGUGUUCCUGCUUAAA